UUGCCUGCAUGAGUGUGUGCUCUGUGUCACUGUGGAUUGGAGCAGAAAAAGCUUGACUGGCGUCAUUCAGAAGCUGGAUGGCGUGGGACAUGUGCAGCCAGGACUCUGUAUGGAGUGACAUCGAGUGUGCUGCUCUGGUUGGGGAAGACCAGCCUCUUUGCCCAGAUCUUCCUGAACUUGAUCUUUCUGAACUAGAUGUGAAUGACUUGGAUACAGACAGCUUUCUGGGUGGGCUCAAGUGGUGCAGCGACCAAUCAGAAAUCAUAUCAAACCAGUACAACAAUGAGCCUUCAAACAUAUUUGAGAAGAUAGAUGAAGAGAAUGAGGCAAACUUGCUAGCAGUCCUCACAGAGACACUGGACAGUCUCCCUGUGGAUGAAGACGGAUUACCCUCAUUUGAUGCACUGACAGAUGGAGACGUGACCACUGACAACGAGGCUAGUCCUUCCUCCAUGCCUGACGGCACCCCUCCGCCCCAGGAGGCAGAAGAGCCAUCUCUACUUAAGAAGCUCUUACUGGCACCGGCCAACACCCAGCUGAGUUAUAAUGAAUGCAGUGGUCUCAGUACCCAGAACCAUGCAAACCACAAUCACAGGAUCAGAACAAACCCUGCAGUUGUUAAGACCGAGAAUUCAUGGAGUAAUAAAGCAAAGAGCAUUUGUCAACAGCAAAAGCCACAAAGACGUCCCUGCUCAGAGCUUCUUAAGUAUCUGACCACAAAUGAUGACCCUCCUCAUACCAAACCCACAGAAAACAGGAACAGCAGCAGAGACAAAUGCACCUCCAAAAAGAAGUCCCACACACAAUUGCAGUCACAACAUGUACAAGCCAAACCAACAACUUUAUCUCUUCCUCUGACCCCAGAGUCACCAAAUGACCCCAAGGGUUCCCCAUUUGAGAACAAGACUAUUGAACGAACCUUAAGUGUGGAACUCUCUGGAACUGCAGGUAAGUCUUAUAUUUCACUUGGAAAUUGUGUGUAUGUGUUUGUGAAAUAUCUAUUAGGUAAUAAAAUAUAUUCUAUGUGAUCAAUGAAAUAAAGAGUACAACAAAAAUUGGACAAGAAAUUAUAAAUAUUUUCAGUUGCUUAUUUAAAAAAAAUUGAAUUGAAACAUGUUUGAAAGAUACUUAUCAUAUGUCAGAACAGGCCAGACUUUCUGGUGUGUAUUUUUGCUUUGGAUCCUCAAAGGACCCUAUUUUGUGUGAAGACAAUGAAAUUUGAGUAGGAGGAGAAAUGAACAUUUUGGCUGUCCCCACUAGUAAAUGUGUCAGGCAUAUAAGUAGUUCCAGUAAAUUUCACAGCGACCUCGUGGAGUUUUUGGUAGUUUUCUUAUUUUUAAGGUGAGGAAAUUGGUUUUGAGAUAUUAAGUAGCAUGUACGUGAUCAUGGAGCUGGAGAGCAAGGGGAAAAUCUUGAAUACAGGUUUAUUAAUGGUCAAUAUUUCUCUUGGAAUAUUUUCUCACUCUGUGCCACAUUUAGAGCACAUUCUAUCCUAUACAUGUCACUAUUUUUAUAUCUUUCCAGCAAAAGAGAACACUGAAAAUAUGCCCAUUCAUCAAAACAAAAUGUUCUUAUCUGUUUUCCAACAAGAGUAAUUUCCUUCAUCAUUUGGGACCUGUGAACUCCUUUAGCCAGUCUUUACUUCACAUGAAGAGGAAGGAGCUUGAACAGGUGGACUAACUGAAGAGUUCCUAGGCAAACUUCUGAGUUGCUUGUGAAUGGUGCCUCUCUGCUGAGAGUUUUAGGUGUAGGAACUUGAACCACACCAGAGAGUGAAUCUUAGGAUGUCUGAACAAGAAAUUCCUUGGCUCUGGUCAUUGCUGAUAAGGAUAAAGGAACAGUAAGUCAAACAAGAUGCUUUCAAGCAGAACUAUGGUGCCUACACGCUCAUUGUCACUAAGUUUAAUUUCACACUUUGAGUUUGCUAAAUUACCUCCUUAUGAAAGGUCCACUGCAUGAUUGCAUGAUUUGGUCAAGCAGUAGAGUAGUUAAUUUCAUGGUGUAUAAAUAGUGUAUAUGUAUGCAGACUCACACAUACAUACAUUUGUAUACAAAUAUAGC